CGACCUCACGUCAGCUUUCAAAAGUGGGUGACGUCAAUAAAAGGAUAUUCAUCAUGUUUCAUGGAAUACCUGCCUCUGGAGUGAUGGGUGGAGCACCUGUCAACAAACCAGAGCUGUAUGAGGAAGUGAAGUUGUACAAAAAUGCCAGAGAAAGGGAAAAAUAUGACAACAUGGCAGAGUUAUUUGCUGUGGUGAAGACACUCCAGGCUCUGGAAAAAGCCUACAUUAAGGACUGUGUGACUCCCAAUGAAUACACAGGAGCUUGCUCAAGAUUGCUGGUCCAGUACAAGGCUGCUUUCAAACAGGUCCAAGGAUCAGAUGUGGGCUCCAUCGAUGACUUUUGCCGUAAAUACAGGCUUGACUGUCCACUGGCCAUGGAGAGGAUCAAAGAGGAACGACCAAUCACCAUCAAAGAUGACAAGGGCAAUCUGAACCGCUGCAUUGCAGACAUAGUAUCUCUCUUUAUAACAGUGAUGGACAAACUUCGACUCGAAAUCCGUGCAAUGGAUGAGAUCCAGCCUGACCUGCGAGAGCUCAUGGAGACCAUGAACAGGAUGAGCAAUAUGCCCCCAGAUUCAGAGGCCAAAGACAAAGUCAGCCUCUGGUUAACCACACUAAGCAGCAUGUCUGCAUCCGAUGAGCUGGAUGACUCCCAGGUUCGCCAGAUGCUGUUUGACCUGGAGUCUGCCUACAAUGCAUUUAAUCGUUUCUUACACUCUUCUUAAACACCCCCUUCCCUAUCAGAUCUAUUUGAACUCCUUAUCACCAGCUUCCUCUCUUUUAUCAAACUUCUGUGUUUCUUUUUUUGCCCAUGUCUCUUAUUCUGUAAGUUCUUGAGAUUUGCAUGUAGAGACUCCUGUAAGAGUACUGCUUACUCAGGCUGAUCAUGUCUUUCAGUAGUGUUUGUUAUUAUCUUUAUAUUAUUUACUGAUUUGUUAUCUUUGAAAAGUUUUUUUUUUUUUUUUUUUUUCUUUUUUUUUUUUACAAUAAGAAAUGUGACAUGGAAAUGUCUUCUUUUUUUUCUUUCCCACUAUGUCUAUGAAAGUUUUCUCUUGCUCCUGAUCUUUAGGCUGGUUAUAGCAGAUAUAUUAAGCCAUCGAAGAUGCAUUAAGAACAUAGUGGAAAAAUAUCAAAAAUAUUUUGAGCAUAAUCUAGGUAAAAUAUGGUGGCCUAUGUUAAUACGUAUGAUAAAUAUCUGAGGGAUGGUUUAAAAAAAUCUCUUAAUAUCAUAUUAAAAACAAGGUUUGGCACAAAUUUGUCAGCUAUGAAUGAAAAUAUAAACUGAUAAAAUCACUUUCCAUGUUUCUCCUUGUUUAAGUAGAUUAUUUUCCUGUUUUAAUUUUUUUCUUUUUGAAAUGAGACAACUUUAAGUCAUUUAGAGUAGCCUACUCCAGAAUUGUUCAUUGGUAAACUUUCUUUCUAUAAAAAAAGAAUCAAGUUUCUUUUUAAGAAGCUUGAUUCUUAACUUGUGUGCACUGUCCUCUGAUUGGUUUAUCUCAAUUAAUGAUGUAAUAAGUCAUAUUUAUUCAUUGUAAAUAAAAUAGUUUUGAAAUAAACUAAAUAACAAACAAAAAUAAAAAUUGGUCCUGCUUG